AUUUGCUCGGUUGCAGCAUGGCCGAAGCAACGCCCUUGGUCGUCGACCUCGGGUCUCCGGACGACGUGUACCUCCGCCGGGGUGACGACUGGGUCGGGCCGUCGCAGCUGAGUCGGUCUGACCUCAUGGCGCACUUCCGCCUGGAGGCGCCGCUCAAGGCCAUGGGCGAGGCGUCGCUGCCUGAUGGCCACAAGCACCUCCUCCGCGGCUUGGGCUUGAGUAACUCGAGUGCAGCAGACGUUAUCAGUAAAUAUAGUUCCAAUGUCUCGCUCCUGAGCGUGCUGGAAGGCGUCGCCUUCGGCCGGCCCAUCGAAGCCAUCCCCGACCACGUCAUCCAGAAGGGCUUCCAGUUCCCAACGACGGCGCCCACGCCGAGCGCCGUGUACCGAACAACAUCCGCGACAAACGGCGCCGCGCCACCUCGCUCCGGUCUCGUGCGCCCGCCGCCAACGUCGACGCUCGGUGACCACGCCAUCGACGCGAGCGCGCUCUCGGAGAAGGAGAAGAAGGACAUGAAGAAGAAGGAGAAAAAGAAGAAGCGCGACCGCGAAGACGCCGAGACGCUCAAGACGGUGCUCUUGCCCUUCCUCCAAGAACUCAAGGGCAUGACGUGGAAGACGUGGCGCAUCAACGGCAAGCCGGGCAACCCGUUCAUUGAAAAGUACACGCGCGAGAACUGCAAGAGCCUCGGCGUCCCCAACUACUUUGACUUUAUCCAAGUGCCCAUGGACCUCACGCGCAUUGGCGAGAAGAUCCAGCGCAUGGAGUACGUCGAGCUCUCGCAGCUCACGCAGGACGUCGCGCUCCUGGUCAACAACGCCAAGACGUUCAACCCCGCGGGCACGCCCGUGCACCAGAUGGCGCUCGACUUCCAAAAGGUCUACGACGACAAGCUCGUGCAGUACAAGACCAUUUACGACGACGUGCACGCGGACCGCAAGAAGCGCAAGAAGGAGAAGAAGAAGAAGAAGGACAAGAAGAAGGACAAGUAGGUUUCCCGUAAGUUAACAGCGUACUACACAUGCAUAUCAAUCUCUUCAUA